AUGAAAUUAAAGCAUGCUCAAACUAAUAAUUUAUCAUUAAUAUAUUUCGAAUAUGAAUUUGGGCAACCAGGGAAAAGUAGUGCUUUUCCACAACAAGGUUCCCAUAUAGCAAAGUAUAAGGAUUUUAUCAACAAAGACAACUCUCAUAAUCAAAAUCUACCCCAAAUUACUUAUUCUGGCGACCAUUAUUUAUCUUCUGUCAAUGGAGUUUCAAAACCCUUGCUUUGUGGUUUUGCUACAUGCACAAAUCAUGCAGUUCACGGAGCACAUAUAGCCUUCCCCGAACGUACAAAUGGAACCAACAUGAUAUAUGGAGUAGUUCCAUCUUGUUCGGGUCACAACGUUAAAAGUAGUGAUGAAUCAAGAAAGCUAAAGAGUAAUUAUAAGAUAAUGGUAGUUAACCCAUCUGAGGAUGCCCAGCUAUCCACCAAAGGUAAUCCCUACUAUGAAGAAAGUAAAGAUAUUUUUUUCGACAAUCAAAUGAAGAAACCUGCCAAAUAA